AUGGCUAGAGUUUGCUCCAUGUCCAAGUCCGGCGUGGUGAAGAAUUGGAACGAAGACAAGGGCUUUGGCUUCAUAGGUCCGGAUGACGGCAGCGAGGAUCUCUUCUGCCACACCUCCGCUCUGCGCGGAUGCAAGGGACUGGGUAAGGGAGAUAAGGUGAGCUUCGAUGCUGAGUAUGAUGACCGCAAGGGCAAGAUGCGAGCUGUGAACGUGUCUGUGGGUGGCGGCGGUGGUGGGGGUGGCGGGGGCGGAGGCUACGACCGCCGUGACGACCGACGUGAUGACCGCCGCGACGACCGCCGUGAUGAUCGCCGUGACUAUGACCGCAGGGACGACCGGCGGGAUGAUCGCGGCGGCAAGGGCAAAGGCGGCAAGGGGGAUCGCUUUGGCGGGGACACCAGAGGGGAUGACAUCAGCAAUGGCGGCAAUCGGCAUUUGACAGCUCGCGAGCUCUUCAUGAGGCUGGGCUUGGAUUGGCACGAGCGUGAGAAGCGUUCUUCCCGGCGCUCCUCGUCCUCUGCCUCGCGAUCCCCGAGGUACAUGCUGAAGUCUCUGGCAUCGCACUUCCUCUCUCCAGAGCGCUCAGAAGGCCAGGCUUUCUCCUCGCACCUGAGCGUGAUUGUGGACGGCGAAACUGGCCACAUGCAGGAGCUCGCCAAGUGCCUCAGGGGCGUGCAGGCGCUGAAGGCAGAGGCUCCGGAUCCAGAGGAGCUGCGCAGCGUCAACAGGCAAAAGCUCAGCGUCUUGAAGUUUCUGGGCGCGGCGGUGCCGGCAGCCAUCGCAGACCCGGACGUCCCUGCAGAACGCAUCCGAGAGCUCUGCAUGCUGGCUCUGGACAAGAAGCUGGAGCUGUCUUUGCAGUCGCAAGCACAGGGCUUGAUCUCUGAGACGCGCCGGGGCCAGGAGGAGGAGCUGCUGUUGUCAGACCUCGGAGGCUCAGGUGAUACCUCGACUGUUUGGGUGUGCAACGGGAGAAGGAUAGAUCUUCAGGCUGGCGCCCAGCCCAUCUCCGCACGGCAUGUCCAUGCGCUGGAGCUACUUGAGGGCCAAUACGACUUGGCCAGCGCGCCAGAGGAACGAGAGGAAGCCGAGGAGGAGGAAGCACCCAAGGAGAAGGAGCCCGAAGUCGCGACAAAGGCGCUCUCUCAAUGGCUGGAAGAUGCCCGCGAGAGCGGCGCUGCCUUGCCGGAGGCCGCCUAUGGACUCGUGGCGGCCAUACGUUCUGAGGUGCUGUCCCAUGCGAAGCACGACAGGUUCACGCAGCCGGCGAAGAUCUUCAACAAGGCGCCGGCGGCCUUUCGGGUGAAGAUCCCGCCGGCCAAGCCGGAUGCGGCCUCGCCGAUCACGGUCUACGGCAUUCUGGACCCCCUCAGUGCCACCGCCCAGUCCGCCUCAGCGGCUUUGGCGCUCUUCGGCAUGGCCUUCAACGCCGAGGUGAACUUGGUGCUCAACCCGCAGCUGCAGCUGGAGGAGUACCCCCUGAAGCGCUACUAUCGGGAGGUGGUACGCUGGCCGGAAGUUCUCGCAGACGGGCGAUCCUUAUCAGAGCUCACAGAAGCCGCUGGCGUGGUCGGCCGGGGAACGGCGGAGUUCGCCCUGUCCACGCAGCACACGCUCACAGCGGCAGUGCACGCGCUACCAACGUGGCUGGUUACUGCGUAUGAGGCAGAACACGAUAUGGACAACCUCCGUCCAGUGGACGUCAUCAGCCGAGGUGGGCAUUGCCAGACGACGUACGCUUUGCGGCAGCUGUACGUGGAGGGUCAGGCAAUGAUCCUGGGAGACGAGGGCUGGCCCGUUGCUACAGCCAAGGGGAUGCAGUUUGAGAUCACGGGCAAGGGCGCAUUGGAGGCUUCGGAUGACACCAUCGUCAUGGGCAACCUGGGCUACUUCCAGGUACGGGGAAAUCCGGGAUUUUACGGGGCCUCGCUGAAGCCUGGGUCCUCCAACGAGACUUUCGAGCUGGUGACCUCCGAGGAUUUGGAGGUCUCCUCCUACAUCACGCCACCGGCCCAGCUCCGGGUGAAGAUGCGGCCGGGCAAGAGUCACGAGGACCUCUUCGCCGAUGAGGGCUCCGCGCGAGUGAAGAGGAAGCCAGUGUCGGGGAUCAUGGGCGCUCUACAGUCUCUUUGGGGGGGCAGUCAGGCCAAUCCGCCGAGGAAGGAGGUGGUCAAGAAGGCGGCAGAUGGAGAGGAGACGAUCCACAUCUUCAGUGUGGCCAGCGGGCAUCUCUACGAGAAGCUGCUGGGCAUCAUGAUCCUCUCCGUGCGGAACACCACGCAGAAUCCCCUGCACUUCUGGUUCAUCGACAACUUCCUGUCUCCGAGCUUCAAGGCGUUUAUCCCACUCAUGGCGGAGAGGUACGACUUCAAGUACGACUUCGUGACCUACAAGUGGCCCUCCUGGCUGAAUCCGCAGAGUGAGAAACAGCGCCUGAUUUGGGCCUACAAGAUCUUGUUCCUGGAUGUGCUCUUUCCGCAGGAUGUGCCCAAGAUCAUCUUCAUCGAUGCCGACCAGGUGGUGCGGGCGGAUGUGAAAGAGCUCUGGGAGCUCGAUCUUAAGGGCAACGUGUACGGCUUCGUGCCCAUGGGCGACUCCAACCCCGACACGGAGGGCUUCCGCUUCUGGAAGCAGGGCUAUUGGAAGAGCCAUUUGGGCGAGAAGCGGUACCACAUCUCCGCCUUGUUUGUGGUGGACCUCGUGGAGUUCCGACGGACCUCCAUCGGCGAGACCUUGCGGGGUGUUUACAACCAGUUGAGCCGGGAUCCCAACUCCCUGGCGAACUUGGACCAGGACUUGCCCAACUUCGCGCAGCACCAAGUGCCCAUCUUCACGCUGCCGACUGAGUGGCUGUGGUGUGAGACCUGGUGCUCUCAGGAGACCAAGAAGCAGGCCAAGACGAUUGACCUUUGCCAAAAUCCUUUGACCAAGGAGCCAAAGAUCGUCAUGGCGAAGCGAAUCAUUUCGGAGUGGCAGACGUACCACGAUGAGGUGCAGCGCUUGCAGGAGCAGUUCCAGUCCGCAGCAGUUCCCACCAGUGGCAAGGCGGAGCUGUGAAAUCGAGAAGGGCAAACAUGGAGAUCGAGCUGAUCUUCAGACUCGUCGCAUCUCAGGAAGCCAAUCGCAUUUCAGACAUCGCAUCGGAGAGCCAGCCGGAGUCCCAUAGAAACUCGUUGUGUCGUGCCCCGGCGUUCGCCGAACGCCGAGGCACGUGCAGUUAG